GUGCGCAUGCGCGGUGCACCGUAGCGCGCAGUGCAGGCUGGCUGCGGUCGGAGGUGUGAGAGCGCGCGGUGCAGUGCGGCGGCUGCUGAUGGCCGGACUGGCGGAAAAUCUGUAGCAGCGACGCAGUGGAUUGUUUGCAGACUUGUACAUGUGAACUGCUGUCGUGUCGGAAGGAAGAUGUCUCGUCUCUGGAUGGUGUGUGUUGGGCUGGUCCUCCUGUCUUGCCUUGGUCUGGUUCGCCUGCAAAAUGAAAACCCAGUGGUGUUUAUUCUCGGAAUGUUCCAGAAUGUGAGUAUACCUGUGAAUGGAAGUGUGGAAGUGAACGUGUCCCGAAUCCCAGCUGAAGUGGCCUUCGUCACACUGCAGUUUCACACUCAGCACCGCAAUGCCACCACCUCAUACACAAGAGUACCAGCGUAUGGUUCGUCAGUCACCACAGUUGAUUCCGGGCUGCUGUUUCCUCUUUUGCCAGCUCAGUCGACUCUCUCGUGCUUCCUGCUGGCUCCGAGCGGUGACUCCGUUGCUGGAAUUGGAGUUAUACUGCCCUACUCAAGCACUGACCCUGUCCCUGGGGCCUGCAAUCUGGAGUUCCCACUGGAGAUCGAUCCAAACAUCUACCUGCUCUAUAACCUUUAUGAGACCGUCAUUCGCUUCGCUCCUGCUAACAUCGGAUAUGCGAGAGGGGUCUCUCCCCCAGCGUGCGAUGUGGAAACAGACUUAAGUAGUCGCUGGCGUUUAGAGUAUGAUGUGUACCAGUACUUCCUUCCUGAGAACGACCUAUCGGAGCAGAGUCUGCUCAUUGGCAUGGAGACGGUUGCCAGGGUGCCAGGCAUGGUGGAAAAUGGUAGAAAGCUGAUGACGUUAUCCUCUCAAGAUAAAACCGUGGUGUCGUUUAACUCCAUCCCGGGCCAGGGAGUAAUCUACUCCGUCAUCGUGAGAGACCCCGUCCAGAACAGCUCGGCUUCAUACGUACCUGUGCACACCUACGCCUGCAGCUUCACGUCCACUUUAGACGGCUGCGCCACGCUAGGGAGAACAUCCACCAAAGUUUUUUUCACCAUUACAGGACUUGCAGGACUUCUUGCAUGUUUCUUAGGGCAUCGUUUUUUCAAAUGUGAGCUCUUCUGUUUGGGCUUUGGCUUUGGAGCUUUCUUCUUCUUUGUGCUGAUCACGAGAACCACCACGCUGGAUUAUAACAUCCGAUUGGCUCUGACGGCUCUAAUAGGCGUUGUAGGGGGUGUGAUCCUGGUGAUGACUUGGUGGCGGUUCGGCUCGGUGAUGGCCUGUGUCGUCGUCGCCGGCCUCAUCCUCGGCUUUCUCAUCUCAUCCAUCAUCUUUUUCACACCACUUGGUGACCUCUCUGUGUUUCGUAAUGAUGUGGUGUUCUGGGUGACGUUCAGCUGCAUUGUGCUGGUCGUGCCUCUGUUCUUCAUCAGAUGGCCAAGAGAGGGUAAUAUAAUAACAUGCGGGUUGGUGGGAGCGUACAUGGUCGUGCUGGCUGUGAACGCCUACACCUACACCAGCCUGUCCUACAUCACGCUGGACGUCCUCAAGCGCUUCCUGAAUGACGACUUCAGCAGAGCUUUCAUAUCCGUACCGCUGCAGAACAUCGACUUCAUCCUGAUCAGCGUGUGGGUGAUUCUGGCGAUGUCGGGCAUCGUGCUGCAGCUGUACAGGGAGCGAUCGCGGCCGUUCUUUCCACCGAGCCCGUACGUUCUGUGGUGCCAGGAGCGCGAGCGGCGCAAGACCAACGUGUUAGACCCGAGCCACCACACGCCGUCUCUGCCCGCCCGCUUACUCGCCCGCGUCCGCCAGCUCACUCGCCACCAGGAGCCUGCUGGGGAGCGCACACCCCUGCUCCUGUGACCUCCGACCUCUGACCAGUGUGACUGUCAGACCUGCUGCUGUCAUCCACAGUGAGGGGUGACUUACAGAAGGAUACAGAAUACACAGACUCAGGACCCACUCUGUGUGACUUAUUUACACACUUUACACACUCUGAAGACUUUUCAGCUAUAGAUUAUCUCUAGCUGGUGACUACAAUAUGAUUUGUUUAACAGCUCUUGAAUGUUGAAGAUGAUGUUGAUCAUAUGAUGCGAUAUUAAAUAAUUAAAUAUGGGUUUAGAACCUGUUAAAUACAGGGCUGAUCUGAUCCGACCCUAAACGAAGGUCAUCUGAAUGAACUGAUACGAGACCUCGCAACCCGGAGUCGAUCUUCCGCCACUUUAAAAGUCAGAUUGUAAUCUGAACUAGAUCUGAAAUAACUUUUAUUCAAAAAAAAAAAAAGUUUAUUUUCCACAUUGAAUAUAAAUGAUUCCCUGAAGACCUCGAUGUGAUGACGAGCUUGAGCAAUUUUUAAACUUUCAUUAAAAGUCAAAGUGCAACAUUAUUAAGUAUUUUAAAGAUUUGGGACCAUCGCUUUAUUUUACGCACUCAGUUCAGAGAUACGAACACUUGCAAGGCUUUUAGGAAGUCAAGUUUAAAACGGAUGAAUUGCAGAAGACUUUAAAUAACAGAAAAAGCCUGAGCAAGCAAAACUCCAAGGAGGAUGUAAACAUUCAAAUUUCCUUUUUUUUUUUAAGAAAAAUAAACCCCAAAAAACCACAGUUCACUGGAUACACAGCCGUCACAGCGCUCUCAUGGUGUCUUGGUACAGUGUAAUUCACUGAAAGGUUUGCUUUUAAGCCACGUGUGCUGUUGCUGUUGUUCUUCUUUACGAUUCUCACGAAAGCUCCUGAAGGAAAAUGAUCCCAUUUUAAGCGUGAACGUUUCCUUCUCAACCCAGCUGUCCUUCACCUGAGUUACAACCGAUAAUUACCACACCUGCAACUGCUGAUUUAUUGUUUCUGAUAUUUAUCAUUUGGCAUGUUUUGAAUUUUAGACUACUUUUUUUUUUGUUGUUGUUGAAGUUGAACAGAAAGAUGUAGCAUUUUACGUGGAAGAUACCGUGGUGUGUUUGGGACUCAUUUCUGCUCUGUGUGCGUUUUGCACCUCCAGAGAAAUGUGGAAAUUAUUAGGAGGGUAUUUUAUAGGUUUGGGAUUCAUGACCACUUUCUAACCACCUGCUGAAAUUAAAUAAGCACUUAUUUGAAGAAAACACUGAUGGGUUAAUGCGUGUACCGUUUUUCUGUUCCCUUCCAGUGGUCAUGUGGGUGGUUUGUAGGUAAACGCCCCCGACUCGAGUCCCGUUAGAGGAUUGGGUUCGAGUGCCAGUUCCUUGUCUCAGGGCUUUAGUAACUACGGCGAGCGCGCUGUCUCCGUCUGCACUGUCCCGUGUAGCUUCUUAUACGAGUCGCAAUAAUGUCUAAAAUUCUAUUUUAAAACUGCUUUGCACAUUAUGGCUGUUAUUUAUGUCUUUGCAAAAUGUUUGACAUGAAAUUUAUUUUGUAAUAGCUAAAGAUAAUAAAGUUGUUUUGUGUAAUAGUAUUAAUAUGAUUAUUGUAUCACUCUGUGCUGCAGUACUUGUGUUUAUGAGACGAGUUGUGGAUCAAACUCUGCUCCUGGACCAGAUGUUAAUCGCGCUGUAUGUACUUUAUAAAUAAAGUUAUAAUUUAUUAA